AUGUGGAAGUUGCAUAUCCUAAUUCCCCGUUUCAAGCUCUUUCGCAUGAGACAAACACAAAUCAAUUUAAAGGAUGCAAAUCAGUUUGACGAUGAGGCGGUGGUGGAGAGCGCCGACUUGGACGCCCAUGUGUGGUUCUAUGAUCCGCUCCUCCAGCGCAUCCGCAACAAAGCCAACGGCCGGUCCGGCUUGGGCUGGGUUGAGAGGAAGGUCAAAGGAUUGGUGCAGGGCCGCGUGUGCGACCACACGGCCAGCCAGUCGUGGUCUUACAACGACUUCAAGGGCCAGAUUCAGCACCUCGGCACGAUCGGACUCUGUCUCAACGUUGACUGA